UCCCUUCUACCACAGUCUCGCGACCUGAUGAAGACCUUCCAGAUACCCUCGCAAACUUUCAUUCGGCUGAUGCUGACGUUGGAGGAGCACUACCACCCUGAGGUGCCCUAUCACAAUAGCAUCCACGCGGCGGAUGUUGCCCAGUCGGUGCACGUCCUCUUGCUCUCGCCGGCACUUGACUCAGUCUUCACCGACCUGGAGAUCCUCACCGCCCUCUGGGCGGCGGCCAUCCACGACAUUGACCACCCCGGCGUGACCAACCAGUACCUGAUCAACAGCAGCUCAGAGCUGGCGCUCAUGUACAACGACGAGUCGGUGCUGGAGGCGCACUCGCUGGCGGUGGCCUUCAAGGUGCUCCAGGACCCGGACUGCGACAUCUUCGUCAACCUGAGCAAGAAGCAGCGGCAGACGCUGCGGCGGAUGACCAUCGACAUGGUGCUUGCGACGGACAUGAGCAAGCACAUGAGUCUGCUGGCGGACCUGAAGACGAUGGUCGAGACGAAGAAGGUGGCCGGAAGUGGGGUGCUCUUCCUGGACAACUACACCGAGCGGAUUCAGGUGCUGCAGAACAUGCUCCACUGCGCCGACCUGUCCAAUCCGACAAAGCGACUUCAUCUCUAUCAAAAGUGGUGCAGCCUGCUGAUGGAGGAGUUCUUCCAGCAGGGAGACAAGGAGCGGGCGCAGGGGCUGGAGAUUUCGCCCAUGUGCGACCGCACCAACGCCACCAUCGAGAAGAGUCAGGUGGGCUUCAUUGACUAUAUCGUCCAUCCUCUUUGGGAGACCUGGGCCGACCUCGUUCACCCUGACGCGCAGGACAUUCUGGACACGUUGGAGGAGAACCGGGACUGGUACCAGAGCAUGAUUCCCGCCAGUCCGCCCACUGAAUCGGCCAGUGAUGGAGGCGAAGGCUGUCAGACGGGCGGCACCAACUCCAAUGGCAUUUUUCAAUUGCAGCCAAUUUCACCAGUCCUGGCCUCGGUAAUUGCUGCUGCUGAUGAUCCACAAACCAGCAGUAGUAAUGCCACAUCUUUGGUCAGCCCAGCAGCAGCAACCACAGCAGCGGCAACCACAAUUUCCGGACUGCCUGCACCCACUGCCUGA